GGCGCGGCAGCUCGCGGGAACCAGGGUCUGGUGUUGCGGCGCCCGUGUUCGCCAGGCUCAGAUGAAGAAACUGUGGCUUAAAGAGAGGCUAAGCUGGGACUGAGAUUCCAAACCUUCCAAACCACCCUGGUUACUAUCAACUUGGACGCCAUUUGCCUUGAAGGAUUUGCCAGGAACAUAUAUGGACACUUUACGACUUUGUGUUUUUUCCUCUUACUUAGGCUAUUUCUGAUGCUUGGAAGCUACCCUUUCAGCCACAAAGAUGGUCAUAAAUCUUUGCCUCCCACAGUUCAGACCAAGAAUUUCCUGCAACAAGAUAUCAGCUGAUGGUUAUGAAGUAGAAAAUCUCAUUUCCGAAGACCUGACAAAGAGAAGUCAUGGUUUUAGGACAGAGUGUUUCAUUAAGCCACCAGUCUACGUGACAGUUUCCUUUCCCUUCAGUGUGGAAAUCUGUAGGAUUAACAUAGACCUCACAGCUGGGGCAGGCCUGGAAGUGUACACAUCUGCCUUAUCCAGCAGAGCAUCUUGGAAUGGCCCCGAGUGCCGGACCCCAGGCCCCAUCGAGCAAUCCAUCCCGGACAAGGAGGCGUUCACCUUGGUAGGCAAAGUUUUGUUGAAAAACCAGAGUCAGGUGGUGUUUAGCCACCGGGGUUUCAAGGCCAGGCCACCUUUUGGCCCAAUGGAAGCCACACUCCCCUCUCCCGCUGUUGUGGCCCAGGAGCUCUGGAAUAAAGGGCCGCUUUCCCUUAGCCACGUGGCCCAUCUCAAGAUCUGUAUCACCCACAUGACGGGCAGCGGGAUCCCAUGCAUUAAACGAUUGGAAGUGUGGGGUCAGCCAGCUAAAACCUGCUCUCAGGAGGUGAUCGACAGUGUUCUGCUGGUUGCCUCAGAGGGCCUCCCUCAGGGCUUGGCUCUGCAGGCCCCAGCCCUGCCCAUGGAGAGUGACUGUGACCCUGGAGGCCUGCCUGAGGGCCAGCCGGCCCCUUCCAGCCUGCAGGAGCUAGCUGAGGUCAUCCAGGGUGUGCCGGAGGAGUUCCUGGACCCCAUCACCCUGGAGAUCAUGCCUUGCCCCAUGCUGCUGCCCUCGGGCAAGGUCAUCGACCAGAGCACACUGGAAAAGUGUAACCACAGUGAGGCCACCUGGGGCCGGGUGCCCAGCGACCCUUUCACGGGUGUAGCCUUUACUCCACACUCCCAGCCCCUGCCUCACCCCUCCUUGAAGGCCCGGAUCGACCAUUUCCUGCUGCAGCACUCCAUUCCGGGCUGCCACCUGCUUGGGAGAGCACAGACUGCAUUGGCGGUGACACCUUCUUCCAUUGCUCUGCCCUCUCGGAAAAGGAAGAUGGAGCAGACUGAACAUGCCCCAGACAGUAGCCUUGCUGUAAAUGCUUCCUAUUUUUCUACCACAAGCCUUCUGGUCUCACCCACUACCUCAGAGCACACCGCUAAGAAAAUGAAAGCUGCCAGUGAGCUUGGGCUGACGCAUAUGGACUGCUCAACAGGUCCCGUGUCCCAUGAGCAGAAGCUGUCACAGAGCUUGGAAGUUGCCUUGACGUCAACCCUUGGCUCCAUGCCCUCCUUCACGGCUCGGCUGACCCGGGGACAGCUCCAGCAGCUUGGCACAAGGGAGGGCAGCGCCUCCUGGAGGCCAGGUGCCACCUCGGCCUGGGAGCACCCCGGGGCCCGAGUGCGCCUCCUGCAAAAGAGCGUUUUCUCCCUACUUCAAAAAGGAGCCGGUGUACCAGCUCCCCUGCAGCCACCUCCUGUGCCGGCCCUGCCUGGGCGAGAAGCAGCGCUCCCUGCCCAUGACGUGCGCCGCCUGCCAGCGUCCGUUUGCCAGCCAGGACGUGCUGCGUGUCCACUUCUGAGUGACCGGCCUCAAGCGGAGACCUGUGGACUGGAGUUGCUGAGGGAGUGUGUGUGUGGUGGGGCAUGAGCCCCUGAGCUCCGGCCAGAUCCCAGGCACAGAGGGGCCCUUUGUUCCCCAGGGGCUUUCCCUUUGCCUCCCUCCAGAGCUUGGGGGGGUGGGGGCAGGGCACAGGGGAGGGGCGCUGCACUCCUGCUCAAGUGGCAGUAGGGUAAUAAAGCCAUAGUUUGGGCCGGGAGGGAUAGGGGAGGUCUCCCUGCCACCCCCCUGCCAGAGCCCAGGGCUUGGUAGAGCCAGCCCCACCCUGCCGAGAGCCCCCUGAUGUCUGCACACACACCCCAGCCCUGCGGGAUGGACAUGAGUGGAGCACAAGAAACCGUGGCUUGAGAGCCCAAGGGUGGCUUCCGCCCUGUGUCACCCAGAAGGGUUCCGUGGCUGGAGUCUGCGGUGAAUGACUCAGCCCCCGACUGGCAGAUGACUCUGAGCCUUAAUAAAGCGAUGGUUGACGUCUG